AUGGAGAUGUCGGACCACCGGUCCGACUUAGUGGCUACCCAACACGGGAGUCUCCCACAGUCCCUGGCAGCUGCAGAAAGGAAGCCUGCAGAACACGCCCACCAAACAUGUACUUUGCCACCUUUUCUACAAGUAUCUUCAGCACAACAGAGCAUGGGUCCCCCAGGAGGUGUGCCAGAGGAUGCAGAUCACAGCUUUGCUGACCAAAAAGGGCAAUGCCACGAAGAACCCGAUCACCAAAAAAACGCCAGUUCAUUCUCCCUCUCCAAAUCAAGCACGGACCAGCGCCAUGAUGAUGCUGAUUCCUGCACACACACUGAUACUGGUAAAAUUCAGUCGCACAACUCAAAGGAUGACAUACAGAAGCACGAGCAGCAUAAAAGAUUUCCAAAAUUCCCGCCUCAGCGGGACAUACAGAAGAAGUCUACCGGACAGAGCUUAUAUAAAAUUGGCGGAUCACCAGGACCUAUUUUUAAACAGAGGGGGCCCCAGCGAUGGGAUUUCGCUAACUGCAUCCCUGUGGAUGUGUCUUGUCAUUCGUUGGCCGACGACCCUCUCGCAGUAUGUUCUAGCAGUGAUGGUGUACUGCUGCUAGUACACUCACACACUGGAGUGCUCCGUUUGGUCAAAUGCUCAUGCCACAAGACUGUGGAAGGUCUUACAGCAGCUAGUGAAAGACUGGACUCAAGGCUGCAAGCCACUUGCGAUAGCAAGGUACUGUUGGUUAUUUCUGGAGCAGUACCCCUAACUAAGCGCCCUCAGGGCGAGCUGGGUUUAGUAAAUGUGAGUGGAGACGCGAUAAUGCUGGUGGGCGAGGCAGAAGACCUUGAGGCACGAAAACCUGCCCGGCUUAUUGUGCAUUACCUCGGCAGCCACAAGAAGCAUCAAACCGAAAAUACGGACGAUGUGGUUACAAUUAGUGCUCUAAGAAAGUUGCCAGUCAGCAUGCACAAAGAAGCUCCAAGACCUAGAUCCUUCUACACCGUGGUGUUUGACGAAAAACGGCAGGCAAUAGUUUUGUUUGGGGGUGCAGGAUCACCAGGAAGCGGUAAUAACUCCGACAGCUUCUUUGAGGGGGACGACACGGGAUUCCUGCCUUCAACGUGGCAGACUUUUGAUGACUUGUGGAGAUAUUCUAUUCUUUCCGGUCAAUGGGUGCAGCAUUGCCGGAAACAGCCGCAGGAGACACCUUGCCCUUCAGGCGAAGCUGGAAUUUUCAGAGAGCAAGAUCUCGUGUCGUUGUGGCCACCGCCAGUGGCAGGCCAUUCUGCGGCAACGUGGGAGAGACGCAUGUGGGUGUUUGGCGGAUGUGUUCAAAAUUUUAUGGAUAAAAGUACACCCCCUAGAAGUGCUGCUAUCGCCGAGCUAUGGUGCCUGAAUCUCGAUGGUGGCAUGUGGAAGGAGAUCCAUUCUGCUGGCAAGGCACCAGCUCCACGGUUCCGCCACGCGAGUUCUGUGAUUGCUGGAAAUCUGCUUAUAUACGGAGGUAUCGACCACGAAGGCCCAGUAUCUGCUGUAGAGAGCUUUUAUGCCGCAGAUAUAGCUGAUCCCGAUUCAGUUAUGUGGACUCGAGUAAGUGUACUGGACCCCCUUCCACUUCCGCAGUUCUUCCUUGGAGCAACUACUUCUCGAUGGAAAGACGGACACACCGAUAUGGGGUCCCUUCUCAUAUACGGACAGCGGGAGGUUUAUCUCAUUUGCUCAAAGACGAUGAAGCGGCCCGCUCAAAUAUGCCUGUCAAGAGGUCGCCAGUGCAAGGCCAACACUUCAGCCGUGGAAGAAGUAUACGAUACCACUCAACUGGAAGAGCUUCCUGACAAGCAAGAAAACAAAAAUUCUGCUCAUCAGGAGGCAGCGUAUUCGGUAGAUCGUCUGCAGCAUGAUGGCUUGUUACCACCGGUCACUUCCACUACACCAGCAGCCGAUGACGCGGGGCCAAGUAAAACAAAGGACGAGGCUCUCCAAGCUGUCACAGGAACACCCAACCGUACGGCGCCUAUGCAUGCAAUGCGGGACAUGGCAGGGAUGGAGAACAGUGGAAGCCGCCUUCGCUUGCAGAUCCUAGCCACACCGAUGCACCGUUCUGCUCAUAGUGCUACUAACGCAAACUCAAAAACGAUUCCUGCGACCACGGAGGGAACACACCAGGGCCACAACUUUAGAUUGGAUCUGCUUAGAGCAAACAAUACUCCCACGUGGAGUUCUACCAUUUCAAUGCAGCGGAUGAGGACACCCAUAAUAUUUCGAGCAAGAUGUCGGGAGAGAAAUCGAAAGAACAAACAUAGCGUAAAUUCCCGCAAUCAUCGAUUUGCAUCAGCCCAGGGCUAUCCAAAUAAUACCACAACUACGGAUUCUCUGAUUAGAAUCUCGGGGCCAGCUCACAUUGUAGAGCAGUGUUUUAAAGACAAACGAAGAUGCCCCUCAACCGGAUCAUCAAACGGCGCCCACACGACAUAUGCCCCAGACACACAGAUAAGCGGUUGUUUGGAAGGUAGCUCUGUAUCAAAUACGCAUGUAUCCGAUGAUGACCUGCACGUGAAUAUUCGAAGUAUUCCUGCCACUACUACCGAUCCAGCGAGACCAAACGCAGCCACUUGUCCAAACACACCAAGAUCUCUCUCACAACAACAGCUUUCUAUUCUAUUUGCAUUGGCGCACCACGCAACACUAGGAUCCAGUACUGGAACGCAGAAGUAUCCUGUGGUGGCGGGAGCUGGUGCAGACCGGCACGCCAGCCUACUACAUGCUUUGCAUUGGGAUCAUCGGCCUCCGGAUCCUGUAGCGCGAUGCAUUGCCACUGGGAUGACGACAGCCGAACAAGUCAUUACACUCCCCGUAUCGCACCCUACAGCUGCGUUCGACCCGGUGGCAAGAAACGACUGCCGCUCUGAAAAGCUUCGGGCUUGCGUAGGCUCGUGCACCGCAAUGCCGCAACAAACACGGCCAUUUAACACGACCAGUUCUCCUAGAUCGUUACGGAUAUCAAGCCAGCAACUGAGCGAACGGACAACACUUGGGGAUAGGCCGUCAAACUCUCUCGCUGGCUCGGGAUCCAGUGGUGUGUCAGCUACAACAUUCCGCCCUCUUGGGUCGCUGGUCUCAACUCCCCCCUCCGCCGCACCAGGCUCAUGCCCACCAGGGGUAUCUACCAUCUCGCAAUACCCUCAGCGUAACGUUGACGGCGUCGAUUCUCUCAUGUGGUGGGUAGCCUUAGGUUCAAGCGCGGAGCGGGCCCAUUACAUGGCAAAUGCGACUGCGGCACGUUCCAGCAUUGCCAGCAGUAUCCACUCCAGCGCCUCGAUCCAAUCCACUAACACCAGCGGUGUUUUAAGAAGUGCCGGUAUUGACAGCGUUCAGGCGACUGCGGGAAACAGUAGAUGCAACAGUCAUGUAGAAGUAAUGCUUCCAGGAAACUCUCCUUUCCAAACGAAACGCCAUCUCGCGGCGUCCAGGAUGUAUGCGUCACUGAUGCCAAAUAUCCUGUCAGAGGAUUCCACAGCUAAACAGUCUUUUCUUCCACCCCUGCCGCGCAACCUUGACCCCAAAACGACUGAGGCUACCGUUGCCAAAUCUUUGGUUGCCCGGCGCGUCGCGCCUCACGCGUUUGCGGCGGAAUCCUCGGGGGAAGUAGCUGAUGGAGGGCUACCGCUUCCCCGCCCGGCUAGAAAAGUCAGGAACUCGAAUCCGAAAGCCCAACAGACUAACAUUAGCAAUAGAUUAAGAGGCAAAAGCGGGCCACCUACCAUGGUCAAACACAUUGAAGCUAUAAGUUGCAAACCAGCCGUACGCCCGACUCAGGCACGCAGGGUGUCACGAACCUCUCAACCGGUUUCCACCAAGACUGUGAGAACAGCAAGUAUUCCACAGCAUGGAACUACCCCAACUUACCAUCGCACCCUAGGCAGCAAGUUUCGCAAAAAGAUGGGCAAAGCAGACGGCAUCGCUGCGGGACUUGGUUUGGCUUCUCGGAAGGCAGCCGUCCCGCCCCAGAAUUCGAAAAAGUCACGGAUGCCGCAGCUAGCAACUGCUGCUUUAGAUGCAUACCCAUACUCGCAUGAACGCCUUUUGCGGCGUAUUGUGGGUUGGCCUUGUGAAGCGAUCGCUACCCUCUUAGCGGCAAAGGCUAAAGCAGCCCCACAGUUCAUGCACAAGCGAAGUUCAAGCAGCGUAAAGCCAAGAGGCAUGACAAGGAAGAAUACUCCAAUAUAG